UUUCUCAGAUUCUCUUUUCAAUUCCUUAUUUCCCAACACUUUCAAGAUUCUCCCCUCAAUGCAGUAGGUUGGCUGGCCGACCUAUGCCUCUUUGACUUUGUCUGGCUCAAUGCGACCGGACUUAUAUAUAAUUUGCAUCGCACUAUAUUCUGCUGCAGGAGGAGCUAUAGAUCAAGGUGCACGAUAAAAGAUAUGGCUCGAGAUGGAUUGGAUUUUUCGGAAGCUAAAAGGCCUGCUGCUUUUCGAUUGUGCAAAGUGUCCGGUUACAUGACUGAGUUGCUGGAGAUUCGCGCCGAUGAUCCUAAACUGCACGUUCUAUUCAUUCCGGGAAAUCCAGGUAUUGUUGCAUUUUAUAAGGACUUUGUGGAAUCAUUGUACGAGUUUCUCGGAGGACAUGCAUCUGUAACAGCAAUCGGGCAUGUUUCACACACCAAAAAGAACUGCGAGCGUGGAAGGUUAUUCUCAUUAGAAGAACAAAUUUUACACAAGGUGGAUUUCAUCAUUCAGGAGCUAGAAAAUCUUGAAGUUCCUAUAUUACUGGUUGGACACUCGAUUGGCUCAUAUAUGGCUAAUGAUGUGUUUAGGAGGUCCUCAGAAAAGGUGACCUAUUGCAUUGGACUAUAUCCAUUUUUGGCAGUAAACUCGCAAUCGUGGUGGCAGUCUAUUAUUGGGAAGAUUGUAGAGUCACAAGUUUUAAGUGUUGCACUUAGUUGCAUUGCGGCAUCAUUGGGAUCCUUACCAAGCAGUGCUUAUAGGUUGAUUUUGACAAACUCUGUUGGGAGUUCGUGGUCAGCUGCUGCAGUUGAGGCUACUUGCUCACACUUGGUGCAGUACCAAGUUGUCCGGAACAUACUCUUUUUGGCUAUGACAGAGUUCAGAAAGCUUGCUGAAACACCAGAUUGGAAGUUUAUGAGAGAAAAGCGGGAGAAAAUAGCAUUUUUGUUUGGUGUUGACGAUCACUGGGGUCCACUUCAAAUGCAUAAAGAGAUUUCCAAGCAGGUCCCAGGCAUUUCUCUAUCAAUUGAAAAGGCCCAUCCUCAUACUUUCUGUUUCACUGAAGAUGGUUCAUCAUGUGUUGCAAAGCAUGUUGCAAGAUUGAUCCAGAAUCAAGUACUGCAUUCAGGGCAGUAAGAUCGAGACAGUGGCAAACACAUGAGAAAGGCGGGGGAAACAAAAUGCAAACUGAAAAAUGAGACAGGUCAUUCAUCCACAAUAUAACAAUGAGAGCAAGAAACCCCAUGGCUUCAGUAGAACCACCUUAUAAUUAAAAGAUGCUUACUUUUUUUGUGACAUUAAUUAGCUACUUUAAUGGAAGGCUGGAUUCCAACACAGUAUCCUUGCAACCUUUGGACCCAGCAAAGCUUUCAGUUCAAGCUCAUAUGGGGGGGUCCUUUGGUCCAAUUCCAUGGAUACAAGUACGGGGGCCGGGGCUGGAUGUUCUAAUUAAUUGAACAGUUAGAUGAAAGCAAAGCAUUACCUAUUUUAUUUUGACUGGAAUCAAUUUACGGUUUCGAAUCAUUCUCGCGUCCUCUCGACGAGCAUUUGAGAAACUUGUUACACGUUUUCUUUCUAAAAAGGCUACGCAACAGUGACUUUUUGUCCAUCCUUAAAUUCCCUUUUUAGGCUAGAUGAGAUGGGA